AUGUCAAAAGGUAAAGUUUGUUUAGCAUAUUCUGGAGGUUUAGAUACUUCAGUUAUAUUAGCAUGGUUAUUAGAACAAGGAUAUGAAGUUAUUGCAUUUUUAGCUAAUAUUGGACAAGAAGAAGAUUUUGAAGAAGCUGAAAAAAAGGCAUUAGCAAUUGGUGCUACUAAAUUUGUUGUUGUUGAUGUUCGUAAAGAAUUUGUUGAAAAAGUUUGUUAUCCUGCAAUUCAAACAAAUGCAAUUUAUGAAAAUGUUUAUUUAUUAGGUACUUCAUUAGCUAGACCAGUUAUUGCACAAGCUCAAAUCAAAGUUGCUGAAGAAAAUGGUUGUUUUGCAGUCUCUCAUGGUUGUACUGGUAAAGGAAAUGAUCAAGUCAGAUUUGAAUUAAGUUUUUAUGCUUUAAAACCUGAUGUUAUUGUAAUUGCACCCUGGAGAUUACCAGAAUUUUUCAAUAGAUUUGCUGGUAGAAAUGAUUUAUUAGAAUAUGCAGCUUCAAAGAAUAUCCCAGUUGCUCAAACUAAAGCAAAACCAUGGUCUACUGAUGAAAAUUUAGCUCAUAUUUCAUUUGAAGCUGGUAUUUUAGAAAAUCCAGAUACUACACCACCAAAAGAUAUGUGGAAAUUAACUGUUGAUCCUUUAGAUGCACCUGAUAAACCAGAAGUUUUUUCAAUAAUAUAUGAAAAAGGUUUACCUAAAAAAUUAACAAUUGGUGAUAAAUCAUAUACUGAUCCAGUUGAAUUAUUUAUUCAAGCAAAUGCAUUAGCUAGAAGAAAUGGGGUUGGUAGAAUUGAUAUUGUUGAAAACAGAUUUAUUGGUAUUAAAUCAAGAGGUUGUUAUGAAACUCCAGGUUUAACAUUAUUAAGAAAUACUCAUAUUGAUUUAGAAGGUUUAACUUUAGAUAGAGAAGUUAGAGCAAUUAGAGAUCAAUUUGUAACACCAACAUGGGCUAGAAUAUUAUAUAAUGGUAUGUAUUUUACUCCUGAAGGUGAAUAUGUUAGAUCAAUGAUUGAUCCAUCACAAAAAACUGUAAAUGGUAUAGUUAGAGCUGCUUGUUAUAAAGGUACUGUUACUAUAUUGGGUAGAUCUUCAGAUACUGAAAAAUUAUAUGAUGAAACUGAAUCUUCAAUGGAUGAAUUAACUGGUUUUUCACCAGAAGAUACUUCUGGUUUUAUUGCUGUUCAAGCUAUUAGAAUAAAGAAAUAUGGUGAAGCAGCAAGAGAAAAAGGAACACCAUUAGAUUUAUAA